UUGCCGCGUAAGCACAUCGAAAAAUAGCAAAAAUAACUUUAAAAUAUAAAACUUUUCCGCCCUGUGUCUAUCUAAUCGAUACAUUGGCGCAACAUGAGCAUCUUUAUUGCAUUGCUAGCGAUUGUAAUCGCGCUGAUCUUCUACUUUCUCAAAUAUCAACAGUCCUACUGGCGGCGGCGUGGUGUACCCCACGAUGAGCCCAGCUUUCCUAUGGGCGCUCUCAAGGAGUGGCGUCAUACGAAAUCGUUUUACGAGGUACUCGCGCCGGUUUAUGAGAAAUUCAAGGGCACCGGCCCUUUUUGCGGCAUUUACUUUCUCAUACAACCCGUUGUAUUCGUGCUCGACUUAGAACUGAUCAAAAAGAUACUCAUCAAGGACUUUAGCAAUUUUCAAGAUCGCGGUGUUUUUCACAAUGAAGUCGAAGAUCCGCUUACCGGCAAUCUCUUCCAGCUGGACGGCCCGAAAUGGAGUGGGCUGCGUAAAAAGCUUUCGCCCACCUUUACCUCCGGCAAAAUGAAGUUUAUGUUCCCAACCGUCGUCGAAGUGGCUCAGGAGUUCAUCAAGGUAAUGGGCGAGAAAUCCAAAGACGCGCCUGAUAACAUCUUGGAGAUCACUGAUCUGCAAGCGCGCUAUACCGCCGAUGUUAUUGGCUCCUGCGCGUUCGGCAUCGAAUGCAAUAGUCUGCGCAACCCGAAUGCUGAAUUUGUGAAAAUGGGUCGCAAGGCGUUGAUCGAGCGCAGACACGGUAAGCUGGUCGACACGUUCAUGGAGAGUUAUCCACGGCUCGCGCGGAAGUUGAAUUUGUGCUCGCUGACUAAGGAUGUACACGACUUCUACAUGGGCAUUGUGCGUGAAACGGUUGAGUAUCGCGAGCGAAAUGAGGUGAAGCGCAAUGAUUUCAUGAACAUACUGUUGGAGAUGAAGAACAAGAAUGGCGAAGGUGAUGGAUUGACGGUGGAGGAAAUUGCAGCGCAAGCAUUCAUAUUUUUCCUGGCUGGGUUUGAAACCUCUUCCACUACAAUGGGGUUUGCUCUCUACGAACUGGCCAGACAGCCAGAGAUACAGGCUAGACUACGACGGGAGAUAAACGAGGUGCUGGAGCGACACAACAACGCAUUUACCUAUGAGGCCAUACACGAAAUGAAAUAUCUCGAUCAAGUUGUCUCAGAAACUCUUCGCAAGUAUCCAGUACUGCCGUGGGUGGAGCGCAUCGCCAAGGCUGACUAUGAUACCGGCGACUCGCGUUAUCUGAUCGAGAAGAAUAUGCCUAUCGUUAUACUCACCUAUGGCAUACAUCACGAUCCCGAGUACUAUCCCGAGCCCGAUAGGUUUGAUCCCGAACGAUUCACUGAAGAGGAAAUUAAUAAACGGCCCUCAUGCACUUGGCUGCCAUUCGGUGAUGGACCUCGCAACUGUAUCGGUUUGCGUUUUGGCAAAAUGCAGGCAUUCGUUGGGCUCGCAUUGCUGUUGAAGAACUUCAAAUUUUCUUUUGCACCUCAAACACAAACUAAGUUGUCCUACAAUAAGGAAAAUGUAUUGUUAUCGGCAGAGCACGGCAUUCAUCUGAGGGUUGAGGCUUUAUAGCGUAAGAACACAGUUGGAAAGAGAAGCAAAUACGGGGCAAAUUUGAAAGUAAUUUUAAAAUAAAUUUUAAAUAAAUAGAAGUGAAAACCGAUUUUAAAAUAAAGUUAAGAAUUUUUUUUACACGUGGAAACACUUUUUGUGCCUCAAAUUUUCUAGCAAC